AUGUACAACGGCAUAGGACUUGCAACCCCCAGGGGUUCGGGAACGAACGGACACGUACAGCGAAACUGGGCCUUAGUACGUCCUAAAGAUAGGGACAAAACCUACAAAAGCGAACAAGAACUAUCAGCACUCGAUACGGCAUCAAAUAAACAACCCAACAAGGAGAUCCUGGAUCACGAGCGAAAGAGGAAAAUUGAAUUGAAAUGCGCCGAAUUCGCCGAGUUACUUGAAGAACAGGGGUUCAGUGAAGAAACCAUUACGAAUAAAGUGAACAACUACAGGACCAUGCUGAUGGGUCAAGGAGCGAAAUUGGAAAAACCUGUUGAUGAAUGGGGAAGACCUUGCGUGACGGAAACGCACCAAGUGGCCGAAGCCCAGCAGGAAAAGAACGCCCGGUUGCGAGAGGCCUUCGGCAUAUCGGAGUAUUUCGUCGACGGCAGCAGCUUCGAUCCCGAUCGACAGGCGAAGGAGAAGCUGGCGAAGAGCGCCGCCUACCAGGAGAAGGAGCGCCAGAAGGCGUUGGAUCGGGAGAAACAGAAGGAGUUGGAUAGGACGCAAGCGCAAAGGUACCAGUUGGUGCACACGCCGACGCCCGAACGGGAGGAACCCGACGAUGAGGAGGAGAAGGAAACGGGCAAAGUGAAGGCGAAGAGCGCGAAGAAGAAGAAGAAAAAGAACAAGGAGAGUACACCAAACGAGGACUCUAAAAAGAAAAAGAAGAGAAAAAGUAAAAAGAAAGAAAGAUCUGGCAAAUCUAAAGACAAGAAGAAGAAGAAAAAGAGCAAACACGACGAUUCGUCCGACGAAUCCGCCUCCGAAGACGACAGCGAAGAGGACUCGAGCAGCGAGGAGGACAGGAAAAAGAAGAAGGCCAAGAAGAAGGAGAAGAAAAAGACGACCAAUAAAAGAAGACACCAAUCGGAAGAAAGCUCCAGAGAAAGUUCUCCCGAUACCAAAAAGUCCAAAAUCGAGAAAUCGAAGCACCGGUCGCGCAGCAGGAACCGAAGGAAGAAAUCCGCCGAGAAGCACUCGCCCGUCAGGCGCGAGCGAUCGUCCACGCCGCCGAAGAAACCCAAAUCGAGGCGCUCCCGGUCGUCCAGCCCGGCGAAGAAAUCGAAAUCCAGGCGAUCGAGAUCGACGGAACGCCGGCGGUCCGGCGGGCGAUCGGCAUCGAAGAAGAAAUCCAAAUCGAAGUCGUACGAUCGCGGCAAGAAAUCGAAGCGAUCGCGAUCGAGGAACAAGAGCGGCUCCGAAUCGGAGGUUACCAAAAGGCCGUCGAAUUCGGCGGAUAAGUAUCGCAACAGGAGCGUCGAAACCGAUAAGAAACGCAAAAAAGAUGCUACCAACGAAGAGAGUAAAGAUAAGCGAGCGAGGAAGCAGGACGAUAAGAAACGAUCAACGUCGAACGAUAGGAGAAAGAAACAUCGCUCGGAUUCCGAAGACAACGAAGAACAAGUCAGGAAGCGUAUCAAACGGUACGAGAAAGAGUACGAAGAGCUGUCGAAAAAACUCCGAUCGGAAUCGCUCGACUUGAAGGAGAAACUCAAACGGGAUCCCGACGUUGAUAACCGAUCGAAGUCGAACAGCAAGCCCGACGUCGACGAGAAACCGCACUCGCGACGGCCGAUCGACGACAAAUCCAAGAAGAAUUCCAGGCGCAGCCGGUCGCGUUCGAUCGACGCGAAGAAACCGAAAAAGACUGAGAAGAAACGGGAAUCGUCGCGGUCGGCGAGCCGCUCGCCCAAGGCCGGCAAAUGCAGGAACCGAUCGCCGCCGCCCGACUACUCGCCGCCAUCGAAACGCUCGCCGCACUCGCCGCGCCGGUCCAAAGACGCCGAGAACGAGUCGCGUUUGAAGAAGCAGAUCCUGGCGUUGCUCAACCACGACAAAACGCGAAGCUCGAGCGCCAAAGAGGAGCCCAAGAAGCCUUCGAGGAGUCGCAGCCGCGACAGGAGGACCAAAGAUUCCGAUGUGAUCAGAAAGAAAUCGCCGUCGCCGCGACCGCCGGCUAAAAAAUCCACCACGCCCGACAAAUCGAAGAAGAAACCGGCCGCGAAGAAAGCGAAGAAACAACAACCGGUGGUGUGCCUGCGAGCGUCGUCGAGCGAAGGCGAGCCGAGCGGCAGCGAUUCGGAGCAGGAGCAGCCGAUCGACGACAAGGAGAUCCGCAUGCUGAGGCUGCUCAAGUCCGAUUUGGCGGCCAAAGCGAAGGAGCGGAUGGAGCGGAAGAAGGAGAAGCCGCCGAGUCCGAAGCCGAUAGCGAAGCGGCACAUCGAGCCGGAUUUCUUCGACAUCAAAGUGCUGCCGUUGCGGAACGGCAAGGAGAAGUCGCCGGCGAAGGAGGCGGCGAACGCGAAGCGGACGCGCCUCGACGGCGGCAAAUCGAGGUCGAGGAGCAAGAGCCAGCGGCGCAGCAAGUCGAAGUCGAGGUCGGGGAGCUCUUCGGAUUCGUCCGAUAGUUCGAAAGAUAGGAGUAGUUCGUCUUCGAGUUCGAGCAAGUCGCGCUCCUGGUCGAGGUCCUAUUCGAGGUCGAGGAGCAGGUCGAGUUCGUCGAGCGAUUCUUCUAGUUCGCGCUCGUCGAGGUCCAGGUCGCCGUCGAUACCCAGGAGACGGGGCUCGCCUAGCUUUUUGGACAGGAGGAGGAUAACGAGCGCCAGGAAGCGACCUAUACCUUACACGAGAGCCUCGCCCACGUCCCCGUCGUCGGUGAGCAGCUACAACAGCAGGAGCUCCUACUGCAGGCACCGCUCGGCCAGCAGAUCGCUCAGCAGGAAGUCGUCGAGGUCCAAAACUAGGUCUAGGUCGCCGGUGGGGUCCUCCAAGUCCCCUUAG